AUGGCGUUUUUAGGAGUCGUCUCUCCUCCUUCCGAUGUAGUUUGUCUUGAUGAUUACACUCGAUUCACCUGGCUUUAUCUUAUGCCUCACCAUAGCCAGUUAUUGUCUAUUUAUCGCACUUUUUCUGCUAUGAUCCACACCCAGUUCUCUGCCUCUAUUAAGACCUUUCGAUCUGACUCUGGCGGUGAGUACACCUCUUACGCCUUUCGUGCCUUUUUGUCUUCUGAAGUUUCUUCCCCUCCUUUAUCUGUUGAGUCUCCUACAGUGUCUUCCCCUCCUCCCUCGCUUCCAUUUGCUCACCCACCUGUUCGCUUCACAUACCACCGCCGGGAUCCCGCGAGCCUCCAUCUCGGCCGGUUAUUUCCGACACCUCUCCCUACUAUCGAUCCAGCUCACGAGGUACCUACCGAGAAGCAGUUCGACUACCUGAGUGGAGGACUGCCAUGGCAGAGGAGCUUGAAGCUUUGA